AUGGUAGGGAACCAUUUUGUCGCAAUCAAACACUGUCGGCAAAUAAGGCUCGAGAAAAUACGAACUAUAGUUAUACUAAAGAACAUUCCAGGUCAUCGCCCAUAUUACUCUACCAGUGGGCUUAUUGUUUUCAACAUGCGCGGUUUACAUUACAACCGCAACCUUUGUAAGAUCACAAGAGAUUUGACGCCCUCGCAACAGUCAAGGUCAUUUGAGGACGCAUAUGAGACUCCUGAAAAGGAAAUGUACAUUCAGAAAUCUGUAGACGGCGAACGAAGGUCAUUGACAUAUGUUGAACUGUUGAAGAGGUCGACAUACAUCGCUAAGUAUCUCAUCAGUAAGGGGAUCAGGUUAGGAGACAGCGUGGCCAUUAUUGGCACAAACUCCAUUGAGUGGAUAAUUGGUGUGUUCGCAAUCAUGUCUACAGGAGCUGUUGCUGUCCAUAUACAUAAAACAUCGGAGUCGUUCGCUGAAACGGUAAAUGUAUUGAAGUCUACAAAAAGCAAAGCUGUCCUGCUUGAUCCCGGAACGGACAAAAAUUACAUAUCAGACAUGGAAGAGUACUUCAGCAGGGGGGAUUCUUCGAACGACAAACCGACAAUUCUGUUACUACAUAAAUCAACACUGUCUUCCCUUCCGUCUUUAGACGGUGUAGUUCUGACAGCCACCCAGGCAGCAGUCUCAUUGCCAACAAUACAACCAGAGAGUAGCGCCUUGAUUUUUACCACUUCCGGCUCAACAGGGGUUCCAAAAAUGGUCGAAAUGACUCAUUUAUCAAUCGUCAAUGCUUCUUACAUCGCGUUUUUGGGAGCAGCUGGCGACCGGCCACAAGGACCAUGCUACAAUGACCGCCCGUUCUCUUGGAUCGUAGGUUCCCCAGUGUUUAGUUUCCUAAGCGGAACUAAGCGAGUGUUUCUUGACACCGCAAUCGGCAUGAAUAAGGAAAACAUUCUUGCCAUUUGGGACAUCAUAGUGACUGAGCAGUGCACAAGUGCAUUUUUGUUGCCCUAUGCUUUGGUUGAUAUUAUUACUAAUAUCAACUCCAUUCGAAAGCAAGGCUACAAGUUGUACGCCAUUUCUACGGGAGGACAACUGAUUGGCAGACAUCUCACUGAAGUAUGUGGUCAAUGUACUGAUAAAUUAUUUGUUUGCUACGGAACCACUGAAGUUGGAGGAAUGUGUUUUACUGAGCUAACACCAGAAAUAGAGGACGGGGAUAUCGGCUCCUUGUUUCCAGGCUAUGAAGUCAAAAUUAUUGGCGAUAGAAGUGAAACGUUGGAUCUUGGUCAUGUCGGGGAAAUUCUCGUCAGAUCUUCGUCGAUUUUGAAGUCCUACCGUGACGCACCGGGGCUCAAUGAAGCUUCCUUUGUGGAUGGGGGCUGGUUCCGAACCGGUGAUAUUGGGUUAAUUACAAAUGAAUGCAAGUUAAUGUUCAAAGGAAAAGCUAAUGACGUCAUCAAAAGAGGAGGAUUGAGUUUUCCAAGCGUAGUCGAAGCAGCUAUUUCAAAACUCUCCGAUGUAAGAGAAAUUGUAGUGAUCUCCAUACCGGACAGCCGGCUUUUUGAAGAAGUAUGCGCUUGUUACAUACUAAAAGAUGGAGUAGAUACAACAGAACCUGAAUUAGACCAGAAAUGUCGCGAUGUCCUGGGGGAUAAUGUGUUAGGCAGUACACCUUCCUACUUUGUCAGGUUUGAGUCCUUUCCAAGACUUGCUAACGGGAAAACAGACAAGCCGAGACACCACCAGGCCCGAGCACCACGAGACCCGAGCGACCACGAGAGGCGAGCGACCACGAGAGCAGAGCGACCACGAGAGCCGAGCGACCACGAGAGGCGAGCGACCACGAGAGCCGAGCGACCACGAGAGCAGAGCGACCACGAGAGCCCAGCGACCACGAGAGCCGAGAGACCACGAGAGGCGAGCGACCACGAGAGCCGAGCGACCACGAGAGCCGAGCGACCACGAGAGCCGAGCGACCACGAGAGGCGAGCGACCACGAGAGCCGACCGACCACGAGAGCCGAGCGACCACGAGAGCGGAGCCACCAGGAGAGCCGAGCGACCACGAGAGGCGAGCGACCACGAGAGCCGACCGACCACGAGAGCAGAGCGACACGAGAGCCGAGCGACCACGAGAGGCGAGGACCACGAGAGCCGAGCGACCACGAGAGGCGAGCGACGACCGAGAGCCGAGCGACCACGAGAGCCGAGCGACCACGAGAGGCGAGCGACCACGAGAGCAGAGCGACCCACGAGAGCCACGAGAGCCGAGCGACCACGAGAGCAGAGCGACCACGAGAGCCACGAGAGCCGAGCGACCACGAGAGCAGAGCGACCACGAGAGCCGAGCGACCACGAGAGCCAAGCGACCACCAGAGCCGAGCGACCACGAGAGCAGAGCGACCACGAGAGGCAGAGCGACCACGAGAGCCGAGAGACCACGAGAGGCGAGCGACCACCAGAGCCGAAGCGACCAAGAGAUGCCGAGCGACCACGAGAGCCGAGCGACCACCAGAGCCGAGAGGACCACGAGAGGAAGGUGAAGUGA